AUGCGAAAUAUCGGUCUUGGUUUCUCUCCAAACGAUAAGUUCUUGCUACUCUCCACUGGUAGACAACACUCACAACAGUCGGCAACUGCAGCUUGUGGUGCCGGAGGGAGGCUCCUCGUUGGUUAUGGAGACCAUGAGGAUAAGACAUCAGAUAACCCCGGUGAUCAAGCGUCUCGCCAAUCCAACGUCAACAGCUUUCAAAAGGAGCUGAAGCAGCUACAAGCCACAGAUUGGGACCCAAGCAAAGCAGCAAAAGGAAGGUCCCAAGAAAACCGACCGACACCAUUUCCUGAGGAUGGCGGUGGAGCAGUCGGUCUAAACGCCGCGCUGUCAGCGGGGCUUCAAUUGCUCUCCAGAUACAGACUGGCGAAUCGUUCGACAGAGAACUUUGGCAUGGGUCGUUUGCCUUCUUCGGCACUGCUGAAUCCAAGCGGCGGAGGCGCUGCGAUGCAUGCAUUACAACCAGCGUGUUUGGUUCUUAUUACAGAUGGGGUAUGCUUACGCUCUUCAUCGACUGACGGUGGUGGAUCAUUGCAACUUCAAUAUGGAAACAUGCCACUCCGAGAAUUCUACAAGGAGCCAUUCCGAUGGGAUCAAAGAAUAUUCUGCCUUGGAGUGGGAGCCAAAGAUGGGGUACAGUCUUCUCAAUUUUUGCAUCCUCAUCUGCGCACACUAUGCGAAGUGACUGGAGGGAGUCAUUUGAUUCUGAGAUCAUCAGUGUCGCUGUCGCAAGUGACUGGUCACCUCCUCAACCAAAUUGCGCCGCCAAGACCCCGAGAUCUGCCUAUUCCCGACCCAAUUCAGAAUCUCGACAGAUCAAAUCGCUCGCUCGUUGGUGGGAAUGGCACAUUUGUUAGUGGAGGCCCUGUCUGCUGCUUUCAAGCUCUCGAGCCAGAAAUGGAUGGUCAGGCACCACCAAGGUAUCGUGCAAUGCUCCUCUACGUUCCACACAAACCAGCGUACACCCAAAACAAUCCAGCCCCGAAAGAACAAGUUGAAUUUCAGUCUCCAAUAUGGUGCAUUCCCGAAUCAUUCUUUCCAAGUAAAAAACUCGACACUCUCCCCCCUAGGCCUGCCCAGCCCAUUCUAUUGUUUUCUCGUUAUCCUGGACGCUUGGGUUCAAAGUGCUUCGAGGCUGCAUCAUUGAUGAAAGCGCUUGCCCGUCUGGACCAAUUAAUAUUGUCGAGUAGAAAAAUGCAAGGUCAGCAACAACCAAAGUUGUUGAGUCGUGACGUGUAUAUUUGUGAUUGGAUAUCUCCUGAUCAAAAAGCUACAUGGGGGCCACAAAAUCCUGACGGUAUGGAGUAUUUCCCUGUGCUUGUCAUUGGAGCAGGACGGCCUGCAUUGAAUGACGGAGAAGCAAAUUAUUUCAGCAUUGGUAUUCUGCACACUCCACCUAGGACAUCUUCUCUCGGAUCAUCACUGGGUUCUGCGACUCGUGUCUCAACCCUUACUCUUUUGCCGCCUGAGCCUCAUAUUCUAUUGCCAUUGCUGCUCCGAGCUGCAGAGCUUGAGCACCGAGCACUUAAGAAGAUUCAAGCUUCAGCUGAGAAAGAUGGGGCUUAUCCAAGUGCAAACAUAACUCAGAAGCUGAUUGCUGCUUCGAGAAAUGUUCACCUAGACGAUCACUGGCGAAACGAAUUCCGAGCAUAUUUGUUUCGUCUCCCUCCAUACUACCAGAAUGCCCUAAAGCGGAGCCUAAGGGGUAUCCUGCCUACCAGUGUCGCUGCCUUGGUUGCUGCCGAUGGCGCGGAAGGUUCGCUUGCUUUCCAGUGCUUUUCCAAAAACUGCGCUCAGAAGAUACGUUUCGCAGAGCAGCAGGCUCAUGAGCGAAUUGAACGACAAGAAAACCAAGAAGCAAGAUUGAGAAGCCGCGGGAAUUUUGUUGCCUUACCAAUUCCGCAGCAGCAGCAACAGCAACUGCAACAACACGGUGGAAAACGGGGGGCAGAUGCCGCCCAGCCUACAUCUACUGCUGUUGGUUAUGGCCAAUUUGACGCACGAUUUAGUACAGAUAGCUUUCUUGCAGCUUUGAAAAAUAUGCCCGCUCCUUGGCGUAUGGGAGUUGGUACGAAAAAGACAAAAGGUACUGCAGCUCCUCUCUCUAAAUCAUCCCCAGCGAAAGUAGGCAAAAGGAAACGGACUAGUGCUGUUGUGUCACUUGGGGAUCUCCCAGCUAAUUGCCUGAUGGCAUAUUAUGAAUCAAGACGGCGGUGGAUCUUCGGAGGCUCUGGACUUUCCACACGGGGCCUCUUUAUCGAUGGAGUUCCGAAUGAUGGAUGUAAUAGCCAGCAAUGUGGAGCGGAGAAGGACAUUUUCGAAGUACCACUCCUAUCAAUGGCAGGUGUUGGUGUUUCGCAACUGAAUUCAACAACGGUGUCCAAAAUGGGGGACUACAGAGAGCGCCUUUUGUGGUCGCGAGCUCCAGUUGUUGGGUACGGCUCCAAUGACUCCGCUGGAGUAUCAGCCACUACUGCCGUGAAUGGGGCGCCUGUUUGGUCCGUGGACGAUGACGCAAUGCCCGUGGCAUUUUUUGACUCGAAAACUGGUGAAUUUGCUGAUUCUGUCCAGGCAAGAGUCAACUCUCGCCUCUAUGUGAACUUUGGAAAUCCAUACAAAGAUAAACGGGCGGAUUCACUGGUGCCUUUGAAAUUUCUGUCCCAGUCGCCGUCAAUGCAGAAAGCCAGAAAUGAUGAGGACCAAUCGGGAGCUAUGACGCCACCUGGUUCACCUCCUCACGACUCAUUUUCAUCUAUCGAAGGAGAGGGAGAAGCCGCAUUUGCUGGGAAACCAAUUUCUCGAAAGAGUCUGGUGAGAAAAAGCCCAACAAGAUCUGAUGACGGUAUUGACGAAGCUCCAGUGAAGCGCCGCAAGGUGGAAGCACCUCCAUCGCCAGUCAAAGCAAAUCACGAGGAUACCUCGGGGACACAUUCAAAAACGGCACAUCCUCUACCACAACCAAAUCGGGUAAAGAGUGAGCAUGCAAAGCAGCCACCACCAGCUCGAAGGCCGUCUUUACCCGAAUCAGCCCCUCGGAGACCGUCUUUGCCUACACUGCCGCCACGAAAGUCGUCUGUACCUGCGCCACCGUCACAACCAGGAAAGCCAACUGCCAAAAAGCCUCUUCCACCACCUCCCCGCCCACCUCCUCCAAAGCCUCCGCCUUCAAAGAAACAUCCUGGACCGAACUCAAGACCACCGCCUCCUAAAUCUUCGCCAUCGCCAUCACCGUCCACAACAAAACCGCCACCUCCAAUUCGACCGAAUUCUGUUCCACCGAAGUUCCCUAGCAUUCAGCAACAGGGUCGCCCAAAUCCUGGACAACCACCCCAAGGUCAGAAAGAAGCAUCUCCGCCACCGAAACCAGCAAUUGACUACCAAAGUCCAGAGCAAAAGCCCAACGUGAAUUUGCCACCAGGGUGGAUGUGCGUGUGGUCAAAAAGCCAGAAACGAUGGUACUUUUUUGACACUAAAACGAACAAAAGCGUGUGGCAGUGGCCACCACCAUGA